AGCGAGUGUUACUCUGUAGUUGGCUCCAUCCCCUUUGGAACUGUCAAUUUGCAGAAGUGGCCAAUGCGGCAAAGCCCUAGAAAAUUCUUUGAUUUUGCUUAGUUCGUCGAGCUUCACUUUCACUCCUUUGUUUCGCAAUCCUUAGGAGAUAAUGACGGUCGUGGCGGUGGCGAUGGAGGAAAGAUUUUCAACUCUCAGACAUCGGAAUCACGGAUUUUUUCAUAAAAUUUGCUGAUGUGAUGUGAUGUAUGGUUCCUUAUUUUUUAUUCUCCAAGGUCUCGGUUAAAGGACGUUCGACUCGAGGAUUUUGGCCUUUCAACGUCGUAGCGCCAGAGCGGCCUUCAGAUUACCCACAGACUACAACAGUAAUUGAUGGUAGGACGAUUGCGGAGGAAAUUACAUCAAGAAUAACUAGUGAAGUGAGAAAGAUGAAGAACUCUAUUGGAAGGGUUCCUGGCUUGGCUGUAAUCAUGGUCGGCCAAAGAAGGGACUCACAAACUUAUGUUCGUAACAAGAUAGCUGCAUGUGAAGAAGCUGGAAUCAAGUCAAAGAUUUCUACUUUGCCCGAAAGUUGUACAGAAUAUCAAGUUCUUAAUGCUUUGUCAUGUUUUCACGAAGAUCCAUCUAUUCAUGGUAUACUUGUGCAGCUACCUCUACCGCAACAUUUGGAUGAGGGAAAAAUUCUGAACUCCGUGCACCUAGAAAAAGAUGUCGAUGGCUUUCAUCCACUCAAUAUGGGGAAUCUUGCCUUGAGGGGCAGGGAGCCACUUUUCUUGCCCUGCACUCCCAAAGCUUGCAUUGAGUUGUUGAUCAGAUCCGGUGUUGAAAUCUCGGGGAAGAGAGCCGUGGUGAUUGGAACAAGUAAUAUUGUUGGAUUACCCACUUCCUUGCUCUUGCAGAGACACCACGCUACUGUCAGUAUUGUACAUGCAUUUACUAGGAAUCCUGAACAGAUUACUCGCGAAGCUGACAUAGUGGUUGCUGCUGCUGGAGUUCCUAAUCUGGUUCGUGGUCAUUGGCUUAAACCUGGUGCUGUAGUAAUUGACGUCGGGACAAAUCCAAUUGAGGAUCCUAGCUGCGAGCAUGGCUAUCGACUAAUCGGAGAUGUUUGCUACAACGAGGCAUCAAGAGUGGCAUCUGCCAUUACACCAGUUCCUGGCGGAGUUGGACCGAUGACGGUUGCUAUGCUCUUGCACAACACACUAGAAUCUGCCAAGCGAGUGUAUAACUACAUGCAAACCCCAACAUUAUUCCAGCAUAACGCACUCUUCUGAAGUUUUGGUUUCCUUGACACAUUCAUCUGUUCACGAAGACGAUACACUCCGAACAUAUUGUCAAACAAAGAAGACAAUAGGACCUUGUACAACUGGACCGACCGCUUUAAGUCGUGGAAGAAGAUUAUAAGCUUAUUGUCGUUUGAAAGAUUGCAAUCUUUUCUAUUUGUUCAAUUUUCUGUGACAUUUAUGAGAGAACAGAAGGUAUUACACAAGCUGAGGUCGAUUAAGAAAAUAACAUAUUUCCAUAAUUACAGUGAAUGCUUUUUUCGGUUAA